AUGAUCAAGAAGGAUAAGCCAGAAAAUUCUAAUGAAAAUUCAUUAAAUGAUGAUGAUCAAAGGAUAUAUAGAAAUUAUUCCUAUAAAACUAUCAAUUGUCUAGUGGAUCGACAUCAUGGAUGGUAUACCGAAAUGAUUCCUGUAGAUAAACAAUAUCAUCAUUAUAAAAAACAUCCAUGUGAUUAUAUUGUACAAACUAAUUACAUAACAAAUAAAACCAAUGAUUCAAUUAAUAAAUCAAUGAAUAAUUCAAUACAAGAUAAUGCAAUUAAUUCAACUGGUAGAUUUAAAUUAUUCUCAAUGAUCAAUUUGUCAAAUUCUAAAAUGUUAAAAUCAUGUAAAACUGAAAAAUUUCGUAUAAAUUUAAUCUUACGAUUACGUAGUAUAUGGUCACGUUCAUCAUUGAAAUCUCAACGAAUUGAAUCGAAACAUAUUCAUAUGUCUUUUAUAAAUUAUGAUCAUAAUCAUAAUAACAAUCAUCAUCAUCAUCAUCAUCAUUAUAAUCCUCGUCCUCAUCAUUAUCAUCAUCGUCAUCAUCAGAAGCAAAAGCAGUAUCAUCAUGAACAUCAACAAAAUUGUCCAUGUCAAUCUCAAUCUACUUAUGAUCCAUUGAAUAAUCCAUUAAAAGUAGAAAGAUUAGAUACAGGACAAAUGAUUGACUAUUCAAAGCAACCUAAUGAUAAUAUACAAAUAUUAUUAUCUCGGAAAUAUCAUUCUGAGAGUUGUUUAUUUCAUCCUUAUAAUAUGCAUAAUUAUAUACAUAAAUGUUCACAUAUUCAUUAUCAUUAUGAUUAUAAUCCAUGUUCAAAAUCAAUUCCUAAUCAAAUAAGGAAUGAUAUCAAUAAUCUUUCAUGUCAAUUAUCUAACAUAAAAUUACAAUCAUCAUAUAUUAAACAUUCUUUAACAACCGGUAAUAUAUGUUGUUUAUAUACAUUGAAUUGUGUACCAUCACUUGAAUGUAUCACUCAACCAAUAUCAUCAACAACAUCAGAGUUAAUGUCAUUGUCAUCAGCAUCAUCAUCAUCAUCAUCAACAUCAGCGUCAACAUCAGCAUCAUCAUCAUCAUCAUCAUCAUUAUCAUAUCGACAACAACAAUUCAAUCAAACAGAUUAUAAAUGUUCCAAUUUACCAAGUACAUCAAUUAUGUUAAAUACAAGAAAUAAAUGGAAAUUAAUAUCACCAUUUGAAAAACUUAAAUAUCAUCCAUUCUAUAAAGAUACACAUUGUCAUUUAGGUAAAUGGAUACAACAAACCUUAACAAGUAAUGAGAUGGAUAAUAAAGAUCAAGAUAAUAAUAAUGAUAAUAACAAUAAUAAUAAUAAUAUGAAUUAUGAGAAUGAAUUAGACAAUGAAACCAUGAAUAAGAAUCAUUCUAAUAAUAAUAAUAAUAAUAAUAAUAAUAAUAAUAAUAAUAAUAAUAAUAAUCAGUUUAUAGAUAUUACAAAUUAUUUAAAUUAUGAUAGAUUAUCGGAUACUUUAAAACAUGUACAUUUUGCUGAUGAAUCCACUUAUUCCUCUUUAACAACAUUAAAUUCAUUAUCAAGAUCAUCAUCAUUAGGUUCAUGCAAUUAUACUAAUGAUUCAUCAUCACCUAAAACAUCUUAUGCAUCAAAUCAAUCUCCUAUAGAUAGUAUAAUAAUGAAUGAUAAAUAUACAAUAAAACAUUCAUUGAAACGUACUAUAUCUAAUCCUAAAAUGAAUUCAAAUAAAAAUAAAACACCAUUAGUAACAGUGAAUUUAUUUCAUGAUGAUGGAGAAUUAUCAGAAUUACCUCUACGUGUAGUCAAUCGAUUGGAAACAGAAAAAAAAUGGGAACCAACAUUUCCAAAUCCUAUCCAAUGUGCUAAUUUUAAUCAACGUCUUCUAGAACAAAAAGUAUGUCUAUCACAAUUUUAUUCACAAAAUUUAUAUUCAUUUAAUGUACAAGUAAAAACAGUAAAUGAUACACAAUCAAAUUAUUCAGAUAUAACAAAAGAAGUAAAAUUACGUUAUACAUUAGAUAAUUGGAGAACUUACACAGAAUCUCCAUCAUUAAUACGUAUUGAUCAAUCAAGUCACUUAGUAACUAACACUAAUACAUAUCAAUGGAUAGAAACAAAUGAAUCUGAAAUUAUUUUAUCAACAAUUCCAUUAGAAACUAAAUUUUAUCAAUUAGAAUUUGCUGUAGUAUAUAGAGAUUUUCAAUGUCAACAGUUGAGAUCAUGAGUCAGUUGAAGCUAGAUCACCAUGGAAAACCUGGAAGCACUGGACGGCCGUUUCGUCCUAUUGUGGGACUCAGCAGUGCGCAUCCACGACCCCGCCUCGUGGGAUUCGAACCCAGGACCUACCAGUCAGUAUAUUUGUUAAAUCACUAUAUCAUCGUUUAUGAUGUAACAGGACGAGUGUUGUGGAAUUAUUGUUCUGGAGUCUAUUACACGAAGGAUUAUAUUUUUUGCAUGUUCAUUGAGUAGUUAACAGAGGCUUGUAUUAUUAAAUUUUUAUAUUCUUCAGCGAUACUAUAAUUUAUGAACGAAUUAAUCAGAUAAAAGAUAAUAGGUCCUGGAUUUUGGUGCAAAAUUCAUUCAUCCACUUAGCUAAAUAGCGUUUUUGGAUUUUAGUUAAUGUCAGUUCGUGAUGAAAAUGCUAAAUCUAGUUCCUAACCCUAAUCAUCAACUGCAAAUCAUCAUUGGAAUACCUCAAAUGCUUUAUCACUCAUUCAGACAUAUUUAGUAGGCAGACAUUCUCAAAGUCAGUCUAGUGUCACUCAAAGAUCGUCCAUAAAUUACAGUCUCGCUUGUUCUUCUAUUUCUAAGCUUUAAUUAAACCUGUAAAUCGUCUUUACAUGUCUUAUUGUUCAAAAAUUACCAUUUAGUAACAAUUUCCACAUUACUAUGGUUUUACAUCACUUAUGUCUAAGUUAUGUACGUAUUGUAAUUCUUCAAAUGUAUUGCUAUGUGGUUAGGCAUUUCAGGCAUAUUAUUGUAUAAACCCUGAGUCAUGAUUGAAUUGAGUACAGCAGAGAGCUGAUCUGCUUGUUAUCAACAUCUUUUCAUUGACCAUUGGGUUGGAAGGAGUUCG